AUGGCUUCUGAGCAAGGGCAAUACUUUCCACCUCCACCUCCUAGUCAAGGACCUCAAGAACAGCAACAUUUCGCGCCACCUCCAUCAAGUUCCCCCCAGAGCUAUCCUCCGCCUCCACAGCAACCGCAACAACAUUUUGCUCUGCCACCGACCUUUGCACCACCACCAGCAGUCUCCCCGCUCUCUUCCUCCUACCAUGACGAGCCUACAAGAACCGCAGUGACCCCAACUCCUCCGCCGCCUCCAGAGGACAAAAGCCUUCCAUUCCGCUCGGGACCUCCGUCUUAUGGGUACGAUGGCUCAUAUCCACCAGAAAAGCAGAAAGAGCCAGAGACUCCCAGCAUGCGACAAUCGAUUAAUAGAGAAUCGUCGAUGCCCGGCGGCGCACCUGCUCCCGACCAUUUUGUCGGAGCGCAAGCAACUGCCGACGACGUGGGCACUUUCAACGGAGGCUCAUACCGAAUCAGCCACCGUGAUACCAACACGAUUGUGACUGUGCAAUUGGCAAUGGGUUGUCCGUUGGAAGUGAAGCCAGGAGCUAUGAUUGCCAUGUCUCCCACCAUGACAGUCAAGGGAAACUUCAAAUUCAGCAUGAAGAAGCUGCUGGCUAGAGGCGAAAUGUCACACAGUACGUUCACUGGACCAGGAGAGCUACUCUUGGCGCCCUUUGCUUUGGGAGAUAUUACUACUAUCCGACUGUCUGGCAACGAGCACUGGUCUGUGGGCAAGGAUGCUUUUCUGGCUUCCACGCAAGGAGUGACGAAGACAUAUAUCUCCCAGAAUUUGAGCAAAGCAAUUUUCUCUGGGGAAGGCUUCUUCGUAUACAAGAUUGGCGGCAUAGGAAUGUGCUGGAUCCAGAGUAUGGGUGCUAUCAUGAGAAAAGACCUCCGCGAGGGUGAAAAGUACAUCAUUGACAAUGGCCAUCUUGUGGCCUGGAAUUGCGACUAUGUUCUGGAGCGCGUUGCAAGCGGUGGCAUCCUCAGCAACUUGAGCGCAGGCGAAGGCUUGGUUUGCAAAUUCACAGGACCCGGUAGCGUGUUCAUGCAAACCCGGAAUCCGAUCCAGUUUGCUCAGUAUAUGGCUGCUCAUACCGUUGGAUAG